UGUAAAACUGACAACAGGAAGCCGUCAAGACACGUGCUACAGUCUGAUCAUCAGAGACACCCAGGGCGCUCGGCACUUGGAGGAUCACUACCUGAAAUCAAGAGCAACAUGAAUAACACCACGUGUAUCGAUGAUCGCUUUCCAGGAAAAUUCCUGCCUGCUGUCUAUAUCUCUGUGCUUAUAGUCGGACUCUUCGCGAAUGGAAUGGGAAUGAAGUCUUUGCUUCACAACUGGCAGAAAGUUGGAGAUGUCAAAAUCUUCAUGCUCAACCUCGGACUUGCAGACGUUCUGUAUUUGCUCACUCUCCCGUUUCUGAUCGUGUACCACUUCAACGACAGCAAAUGGAUCUUCGGAGAAAUCUUCUGCAAGGUUACAAGAUUCGGCUUCAACCUGAAUUUCUACGGCAGCAUUGGAUUCCUCACCUGUAUCAGCAUGUACCGGUACCUGGCCAUCGUCCAUCCCCUGAGGGUGAUGGGGAGAAUAACUGUAACCCAUUCGGUGCUGGUCUCGCUGGUGGUCUGGCUGUUGGUGAGUGCUCAAAGCGUUCCAGACAUGUUCUUUAUGAAAACAUCCAGAAGCAACACUAAUAAGUGUUUUGAGACCACCACCAACGAAUAUGUGGAAGAUUACCUCAACUACAGACUUGGAUGGACGCUCACUGGCUUCUGUCUCCCCUUCCUCAUAACGGUGGGCUGCUACGGACACGCCAUCGCUGUUCUCUUCUCUAAAGACACCCUUGACAAGGUGCUGAAGCAAAGAUGCUUGAAAUUGUUGUUCGUCUUGAUUAUUCUCUUCUCUGUUUGCUACAUCCCCUUCCAUGUGUUGAAGAACCUCAACCUCUGGUCAAGAGUUCUCACCAAACAGAAGAUGUGUCCUCAGUGGUCCAACGGAGUCUACAUUGCUCAUCAAAUCAGCCGCGGCCUUGCAUGUCUGAACAGUGCUCUCAACCCUUUGGUUUAUCUUCACAUAAAUGAGGAUAUUUCUUCACAGCUCAGAGAACUGCUGCAGCGAAUCCAUCUCAAGUUCUCACGAAAACCCACAGCAAACCCUCAAGCAAUCGCUGAAAAAUACACUCAGACGCUCGGCAUGUCUGUGGUUUAAACUCCUUGGAUGAAUUAAAGUUUGAAACGGUUACCAGGACAAAUGAACAAUUCAAGAAAAUCAUGUUCAUGAUUGUGUUAAAGACUUUCUGUUCACCUCAUCAAAUGUAUUUUGCUUUUCUAAACUGUAAAACUUCUCCAGCAGGCUGUUCAUCACUUCUAAUGAGGUUCAACUGGUGUAAAUUUGCAAUGUGUGAAUGAGAUUCAGUCCAAAGACAUGCAUAUGCAUGUGAGGUCAAUGGGUGACCUUAAAUUUCCCCUGGGUGCAUGAGUGCACGAGAAGUGUGGGGGACAUGGGAGUCAUGUCUGUCUCCUCUGCCCUCCUCACUUUUUCCUUGUUACAAUCCAUUAUUAACGUUCCGUGAUGUGUUUUUUCCGAGCCGUCACAAAACGCAUCAUGAGCUCACAGGUGUGGGUGACUGACUGGAGAUGAGCUGAAACCAGACAGGAAGAAGCAAAAGACAAAGUGUGUGUUUUUUUUCACCCCCAAAACAAAUCGUGUAAGGUGAGAAAUGCUGUUAUGCAGAUAAUGUUCACUAGUCACAGUAAUACACGCCAGUAUACCAUGUUAAGCUAGUUAACUACGAUACUAAUGUUUUUACCAGUAUUACAUCCUUUUCUUUAUGCUACAGAUGAACCCAGUCCUCUUUCAUGUCUGUGCGGAACUUGUGCUCACUAAAGCUUUCCACAUGGGUAAACUCUUUACUGCCACAAUAGAGAGAGAGAGCAGAGUCAGGGAGGAGGCAAACAAGGGACUUCUUUAUUCCUACGAUUAGAGGAUUUGGUUGAUAUUGACCGACCACAAAUACAUAUGUAUAUUUCAUUCAGUUGUUCAUUUCCGUAUCUUGACCUCACACAAACAUUAUCAUCAAAGUUAUUUAUCUGUAGAGAUAUCAACAACAAAGAGACUGUGUUUCUUUUUAAAACAUAACUUAUUCUAUUUUGGUUAUAUUAUUGCUUCUGCUUAGUUCUUAACAAAACCUAGGACUGAUGUUAGUAUUUGGUGAGAUAAUUAUUCAAGAGAUUAGUUCAAAAGCAAAAACUGACAUGAAUUUUUAAAGAUGUAAUUUAUAUUUUGACAUUUUUGUUUAUUUCCGGAGAUUAUUUGACCGCUGCAUUGUUUAUGUCCUUAAAGCAACAGGUAGAAGUCAUGCCAUUUUUUCUUAAUGUUGAUUAGUUUUGCUCAUAUGGGCUGUCAGAGUUGAGUAAAUUGUUAAUGUUGUGUCACUUUGUAUGUUCAUGCCAU